AUGACUGCAGAGAACCUCUUGCGGUCCCGAUGGACCGUGACUUUCGCAUUGCUUCUCACGUUUUUAGGCAUUUGUGAAGCGUGGACGAACGACAGGCCGCUGCUGGAAGUUCGUGACGGAAAUCUCUUCAUCACUAGUGCCCAAGAUAAGAACAUCACUUUACAGACUCGCGGCGCGAGCUACGUCACCGUGAACGGACUUAAUCUGGUACAGGUCGCGUCGUCGGCGUACAACGCUUCGAAAUUGGUGGAAAGAUGGAAAUACGGAAUCCUCGCAGAUGUCGAGUCUAGUCUCAGAGAGAUAAAAGGAACCAUAUACGACGAUCGCUCUGGUCUAGUGAAUAGAAUUAAUGCCAUUGAAAUUGGCACUGGACAAAAUAAUACCGAUAGUAUUACUCCUAGACGUCAAAAUACCGAUGGACGCGAUAGUUUUGCACGAACUCGAAUUCAGCGACUCACCGUACGAAUGCGUCAAGCGGAACGUCAGAUCACGAAUCUCCUUAAUAAAUUGCAAACCGAUGAAUGUGCACGUAAUCCUUGCCAGAACGGCGGUACUUGCGAGGAUUUAAUAGACGGGUAUAAAUGCCGCUGCACGGAAGGUUGGGAGGGAUCGCAGUGCACUACGGAUAUUAACGAAUGCGCCAGGUACCUUGGAACUGAUUUAGGAUGUCAGAAUAAUGCUGUCUGUAGAAAUCUCCCUGGAAGUUAUCGAUGCGACUGUACAGCAGGAUGGUACGGUAUUCACUGCACUAAACCGACGAAAGUAUGCAACAGAGAAAACUCAAACGAACUUUGCGGGCACGGCGUCUGCGUUGAAAGUGAUACAUUACUUGGUUACUCUUGCUCGUGCGACGAGGGCUGGACUAGCACCAGUGCAAAUCCGGCUUGUGUCCAAGACGUCGACGAGUGUGCCGCCAAGCAUCCUCCAUGCUCCGUCAGUCCCAUGGUGCCGUGCAUCAACGUGCCUGGGGGCUUUCACUGCGGAUCGUGUCCUCAGGGCUUUACAGGAAACGGGUACUACUGCGCGGAUAUCGAUGAGUGUCUUACUAACAACGGUGGUUGCAGUCUUUCACCCUUAGUGCGGUGCUUCAAUACAAUGGGGUCAAGGAUGUGCGCGCCGUGUCCAACUGGUUAUGAAGGUGAUGGAGUGACCUGCAACUACGUCGGGCGUUGCAGAAUAAACAAUGGCGGUUGUCAUCCGUUAGCGACAUGCAUCAAUAGCCCAGGGAUGGGCGACUGGUCCGUUCAAUGUCGCUGUCCGGCAGAAUAUCACGGUGAUGGAAUGGGACCAAACGGUUGCGAGGUGGGAUCCGAUGCUUUGAGCCCUUCGGCCUGCACCAGCAACCCCUGCAGCCACGGAACUUGUAUUCUGAAUGGGCCUCAUGAUUACACAUGUCGAUGUGAAUCUGGAUUUACCGGAAGAAACUGCGAUACUCAAGCGAAUCCUUGCGAUCCCAAUCCUUGUCGAAAUCGAGGGACAUGCACUGUUUCUACAAGACAACGACCAAUUUGUGUGUGCACCGGAAGCUUUACUGGACCCCAGUGUGAAAUUCCCAGAGAGACUUGUGGGGGAUUUAUUGAGGAUCCAGCAGGAAUUUUGCAAUUCCCCAGUGACGGUAGUAAGUAUCCAAAUGGCUUGAGCUGCGCCUGGGUUCUUGGCGCCGAUGAAAACAAAGUUUUGAAUGUCACCUUCACGGCGUUCGACUUGGAAUCUUCCACGGAUUGCCAGAACGAUUUCCUUCAAAUUCACGACGGCUACACGGCUGGAGAACACUUGAUCGGAAGAUACUGUGGCGCGAACUUACCCGGAAACGGAAGUAUAAUGUCAUCUGAUAGGCAUUUAUACCUUUGGUUCCACUCGGACAGAAGCAUAUCUCACAACGGAUUCAGCAUGAACUGGACGUCGAUAGAUCCGCAAUGUGGAGGUGAGGUGAGCGCAGGUUUCGGUAAGAUAAAGUCUCCGGGAUCGCCACGCAGAUAUCCGCCAAACAGAGACUGCCGGUGGCACGUUAUCGUCAACCCUGGAAAACGAAUUCAAUUCCAUUUCUACACAAUAAUGCUGGAGGAGAGUCCUACCUGCCAGAAAGAUUAUCUCAAGAUUAUGGAUGGACCAGGCGACAGAAGCCAACAGUUGGGACUAUUCUGUAACCACACCAGUCCACCACAACUUGUGACAUCUGGAUCGGAAGCUUGGAUUCAUUUUCACUCCGAUGAUUCAGGACAAGACGUCGGUUUUGAAAUCGGUUUCUCAACCAUUGAAGGAUCGCCGGGAUGCGGAGGCAUUUAUACAACUCCUUCUGGUACCAUCACUUCACCCAAUUUCGAGACUCGGUACGAUCGAAACUUGGAUUGUGAGUGGAGAAUUCAAAUACCGGUUGGAGAACGAAUCAAGAUAACAUGGGUCAGCUUCGACGUCGAGACUUCCACUAGCUGCAGCUGGGAUUUUGUCGAGGUGCGGGAAGGGAUGGACGUAAGAGGUCCGUUGAUUGGGAGGUACUGUGGAUCCAUGCUGCCGCAGUCUCUACGAUCUGAAUCAAAUGUUGUACUGAUAAGAUUCAAAAGUGAUGCGAGUCUUCAGGGGAAAGGAUUUAAACUAAAUUACGAGGUCAAUUGCGGUGGCGAAUUUGUUGACUCCACGGGCGUUUUGAAAUCCCCUUACUAUCCGAAUCCUUAUCCGGCCUCGAAGACAUGCAUUUACGAAAUAAUACAGCCACCUGGAAAAGCUAUAAGAUUUACUAUCAAGGAUAUGGAUAUUGAGCGUUUAGGGCGACCUCCUUGCCGCUACGAUUCCUUGGAAGUCCACAACGGUAAAAGUGAAGAGGCGGCAAUAAUCGGAACCUACUGUGGCACAAACGCAUCGAUUCCGAAUUUUCCCAUUUUGUCAACGCACAAUUAUAUGUGGAUCAAGUUUAAGACAGACGCCAGCGUUCACAAACGAGGCUUCAUGGCUACCUAUGACGUUGUCGAUAUAAGGUGUGGAGGUAUCUUUACAGCGAGAACGGGUAUAAUUCAGUCCCCCUUUGAAAACGGAAAAUACGGGCACAACGAGAAAUGCACCUGGAUCAUUCAGGCACCCCCAGGAUUUAUUGUGCAGCUUAAUUGGAUCACGUUUGAACUAGAAUCGAGUCCAACGUGCUACCUUGAUUAUGUUACAGUAUUUGAUUAUACAGAGUCGAAUGCGAAACAUGAAAUGGGAAAGUUCUGCGGAUCGGCAAAACCACACAUCAUGACGACGCAAUCGCGAAUGAUGUCAAUCAACUUUCAUACAGAUGCGUCUGUUGCACGUGACGGAUUCACGGCUGUGUAUACAUUUAUCGAUGCUUCAAGAUCCUGUGGCGGACACUUUCGAACACUGACAGGCGUCAUCAAGUCGCCAGGUUAUCCCCAGCCCUACCCGGGCAGGAGAGUAUGCGAAUGGGUCAUCUAUGCUCCUAGCAAGCACCGAGUCGUAUUGAAUGUUAGGAAUUUCAGCAUCGAGGCACACUCACGCUGCUUAUUCGAUGCUUUCGAAGUGAGAAACGGAGGUUCGGAUUCUUCACCUCUGAUCGGAAGAUACUGCGGAACAGAAAUACCGAAGCAAAUUUCGAGCUUCGGCAAUCAAAUGUACCUGAAAUUUACGUCUGAUAUAUCGAGAAGUGCGGCUGGUUUCAAUAUAGAAUGGAACAGCAACGCCGUUGGUUGUGGGGGUGUUUUAACAACCUCAAGUGGAUCGUUUAUUUCUCCUAAUUACCCUCAGCCGUAUUAUCACACCGCUGAAUGUAAUUGGAAUAUUACAGUUGCUCACGGCAGCGUCAUUCAAUUUAUCAUAGUGGAUCUCCAGCUCGAGGAACGCAGCCAAUGUCCAUUUGAUUUUGUUGAGAUUACUGAAGGGAUUUCUGGACAUACCAAAAGCUUGGGAAAAUAUUGCAGCAGCGACCAUCCUACGUAUAUACAGACCACAACAAAUAUAGCCAGAAUUCGUUUUCAUACUGAUUACAGCAAUGCCGGUCGUGGUUUUCACAUUAAUUACCAAACUCUAUGCCACCACACACUUCGAAGUUUUCGAGGAGUGAUUGAAUCGCCAAAUUUCCCGAACAAUUACCCACACCGAGAAAACUGUAGCUGGGUGAUCGAGGCACCCCUGGGCAACAAGAUAAAUGCGACCUUUUCUCACUUUGACUUGGAAGCAGGGCUCGAAGACUCUUGCGAUUUCGAUUACCUAAAAGUAACCGAGGGGGACCACAAUGUGUCGACAAAAUUUAUCAACAAAUACUGUGGCAUGGAACUUCCACCCAAGAUAGUAUCUACUCAACGUCAGGUCUUUCUUCAAUUUUAUUCCGACAGCUACACUGCAAGAAAUGGCUUCCGGCUUGAAUGGGUUGUCAACGGUUGCGGCGGUUUCUUAACUGAACCAAGAGGAACGAUCACAUCUCCAGGAUGGCCCGGGCCAUACCCAACAAAUAUUGAAUGCAGUUGGAACAUCGAGGUGGACUAUUCUCACAGUAUAGAAAUUCAGUUGGUUAGAGUCGAUAUGGAAAGGACGUCGGGAUGUGAAGUUGAUAAAUUAAGCGUGUACAAUGGAGUCGAUGAUAAAGCGAUACAACUAAUAGAAACAUGCCACGUGUCCAGCCCGCAGAUACUUACCAGUACAGGAAGGCAAUUGUUUAUCAAAUUUCACUCCGAAUCCCUAAUCGAACACUCGGGAUUCAAAGCUACUUUUAAAAGCGUUCCUAUCGAAUGCGGUGGUAAAUUUACCACACUUACGGGGGUCAUACAUUCCACAAACUACCCGUUAAAUUAUCCCGCAAAUCAGAACUGCGAGUGGCUCAUUGAAAUUGCUGAAAACCACCUCGUCAAUCUGACAUUCCUUGACUUUGAUGUCGAGACGACGAGAAACUGUAAAGACGAUUAUGUCAAGAUUUACGAUGGUUCAACGCGAGAUUCGCGCCUACUGGCAACUCAUUGCGACAAUCGACUACCUCCGUCUUAUAUUUCCUCGAGCAACAGUCUUUUAGUAGUCAUGAGAACAGACGCCCACAUGCAGGCGAAGGGCUUCAAAGCAAGAUAUGAUAUGGCAUGCGGCGCACGCAUUGUCACCCGUAAGGCCGGAACUAUCACAAUGAAUUCUGCAAUCGGCUCACAUAGAGAUCUAGUGAACUGCACGUGGACCAUUAUAGCCGAAGAUCCAGCGGAUCAUGUCACGUUAACGCUAACGGAUAUGAGACUACCGACAUCGAACCCUAUAACGUGCGAUAGACGUUCUAUAAAGGUUUUCGAGGGCAGUGAAACAGAUGGACCACCGCUGGGAACAUGGUGUGGGACUAAGGUUCCACCGCCAAUAAUAAGUCAAGGAAAUGUUUUAACUAUCCAUGUCAUAUCUGAGUACAACUCAGUGCACCCGGCAAAGUUUACAGGGGUUUACUCUGUCCUUAACUCAGCUUGUGGAGGUACUUACACAUCGGAACAGGGAGCGAUUGCCACACCUGGAUAUCCAAGCAAUUACCCCCGAAACGUGGAAUGUGUUUGGAACCUUCAAACAUCGCCGGGGAACUCGAUAAUCUUGACAUUCCGGGAGUUCGAUUUGACUGAAAGUGAAAACUGUAAUUUGGAUUACGUCGAGGUACGGGAAGUGAAUGCGACUGGAAGACUACUCGAUGUUUAUUGCGGUAAAAACGCAAGCAUGAUAACUUCACAAAAAAAUUUGUGGAUCAAGUUCAGAAGUAGCGUCGAAGAUACGAAGAAAGGAUUCCUAGCUGAUUAUAGACUUAUGCAUGGAAAUCUAGAGCUCUCAGGACCUACUGGAGACAUUGCGUCUCCGUUGUAUCCAAUUUCAUGCAUGCUGGAAGGAGAAUAUUUCUGGCGUGUUACCGUUGAUUACAGAUUUGCUAUACAAAUCAGCUUCAGAGAUUUCUACAUCGAAAAAUACGGAGACGGAUGUUACAUUGCACUUACUAUUUAUGACGGAUAUAACGCAGAUGCUCCAAUUUUGAUGAGUAAGUGUGGUAUGAUAUUACCGGGGAUGGUACGAACUUCCAGUAAUGUAGUGUACAUCAAGUUCAACUCGGUGCCAUAUGGAGACGGCAGCAAAUUCUGGCUAACCUGGCUGCAAGUUCCGAUAAGUAGCGCUGAUGAUAAUGAAACUCUUAUUUCGGGUAAAGUAGUGGCGUUAACUGCUUUGAGAAACAACACCUACACCUUAACGUCACCUGGCUGGCCAUAUGGUUACAAAUCCAAUCUCGACUGCACCUGGACCAUCGAAUCACUUCCUGGAACAAAAUUAACAAUAAACUUCGACAGUGUGGACCUAGAAGAAACCGAGGGCUGCAUUGCUGAUCGAGUUAAAAUUUAUAAGGGGAAUUCUCUGACAUCACAGCAACAGUGGGAACAGAUAGGAUCAUUUUGCUACCGCAAUAGUUCUCUCACGACUAUACAAACAUCAAAUUUAAUGAAAGUUCAAUUCAGCACCGACUCAUAUGGAAAUAAAACCGGAUUCAAAGCUACCGUUCGAAGAGUUUGUGGUGGUGAACUGUACGGACCGAACGGAGUUAUAGAAGUUAACGGAACGACGGAUUCCAGAAAUAGAUGGUGGAAUCUUGUAUGUGAAUGGAAGGUUACCGUAAGGCCAGGGAAAACCAUAGAAGUGAAGUUUACUGGUUUGAACAUACCGAGUACCACCGAUGUCGCUUGUUCGCGAGCCUAUGUUAUGUUGAAAAACGGCCACGCAGUCUCCUCCCCUCUCCUCGGCCUUGGCAAAUAUUGCGGUAGCACACUUCCGGCUCAGAGUUUGCAUACAACUGGGAAUUUACUCUAUGUUAAGUUCACUGGCCCACAUAUGGGCGGUAUUCUCUUCAAACUCACGUACAGGGAGGUGGGAAUGAACUGUGGCGGUGAAAUCAUUCUCACGCAGGAAAAUCAAAGCUGGAACAUAAGCAGUCCAAAUUACCCGAACAUUCCAAAUCCAUAUACCGAGUGUUUCUGGACAGUAAUGGCACCAGGUGGAGAACUCAUCUCGAUUCAUUUCCCAGAGAGAUUUGAUUUCACCUACGAUCCAAAUUGUAAUAAAGAAUAUAUUGAAAUCAAAGAUGGAGGAACUGAUUUAUCGACGUCCUUUGGACGAUUCUGUUACGGGCAGCCACCCAGCUUCACUACGACCGGAAAUGUAAUGCACCUUCAUUUUUAUACUGAUGUACCUGACCCUAUGAAUGGUUUCAAGGCUACAGUGAACAUUGGAAAUCAUUGUAACAGAGUUGUACGAGGCACACAAGGAGUGAUAAAAUCACCUAAUUAUCCGGCCCCAUAUCCAACGGGUUAUCAUUGUAACUGGACCAUCAUCGGCGUGCCUUCUCUCAUAAUAAAACUGCAAUUUUUAGAUCUUGAUUUACCAAGCAGCAUGAAUUGCAAAUAUUAUGACCAUGUCGAAAUUAUCGAUCAUGCAAAGCCCAGCUGGAAUGACCCUGAGACGAAAAUCAGCAUUGGUAAAUAUUGUGGUCGCUCAAAACCUGGGGUGAUUCAAACAGCGGGAAAUAAGGCAGAAAUUGUUUUCACAAGCGAUCAAAUUCCGUCCACUCACUUCAAAGGAUUUAUGAUCAAAUUCACUAUUUCACGAGAGACAUGUGGCGGUGACCUCGUUGGUAACGCUGGUGAAUUCACAUCACCUGGAUAUCCUUAUGCUUUGGGUGUAACAACGAGACUUUGUGGAUGGAAAAUAACAGUGCCAGAAGGAAAUCGUGUUCAAGUAGACCUAAUUGAUUUCAACCCACCCGAAUCGUCUAAUAGUUCACAACGACCCGUAAUUUCACCACAGAUGAUUCAGUUUUACAAUACUUUCAAUCAUGGAGGUGAGAUUGGAACCGCCUCCAGCACCCAAACGCAGAGGCAAUUUAGCAGUAGCGGCAACACGAUGCUUGUUUGGUACUAUUCAAGCUUUCGGGCCACAAGCGGUUUUAAGGCUCGAUACAGUAGCAUUGCUCCUGCACUGUGUGGUGGCAAAGUAACAAACGAUCAGGGUACUCUAAUUUUCCGUGGUGACUCUAUUUACAAUCUAACGAGUUUUUAUUGCAAAUGGACACUUCGUUCGCCUUUCAGCGAUUCAACAGAACAAACACUUGUAUUGAACAUGUCAGGAGCGAUUGGUACACAAACCCUUCAGAGACCCGGCUACCCGUGUUCAUUUUAUGGUCCCAGCCUUAAAGUAACCGCCAGUACUUUUUAUCAAAUUGGUCAAUUUUGCGGAAAUGUGGAUGGUGUGACCUCGCGAAGUUCUUCGCCAAGUAAUGUAAUCCUGUUAGAAAAAGCAAGGAAAUAUAUUGUGAAGAUAGAAGGAGGAGAUGAUAAGACAAAUCUCACGCUCAGCUACCGAUGGAAUCAGUGUGGUGGAUUACUUGGUGGUCCUUCUCAAACUAUUACUGCACCAAAAAAUCGAACUUACCCGAUAGAUUGCGUCUGGCGAAUAGAAUAUCCGGAUGCAGGCAGCCGAAUCAUAAUGACUUUUAAGAAAUUGAAUCUUACACGAUGCGAACGGAACUACAUUGCUAUAAGAAAUGGCGGCCCCUACUCACCAAUGUUGCCCAAAUAUUGCGGAUCUGUUGUACCGAAUGCUACAAUGUCGACAUCUAACAAAUUGUGGAUCGAGUAUCGCGCCGAAGAUCCGAGUGACUUUGAACUGCAGUUGGACACAUAUGAUGCUUCUUGCAGUAUUGCGUAUCCGAGAAAUUCUGGAGAAAUUUCCAGUCCUAAGUUCCCAAUAACACAGUAUCCGAAUAAUGCAGAGUGCUCGUGGAAUAUAAAAGUAGACAACGGAUAUCACAUUGUAUUAGAGUUUGUAGACCGGUUCCAGCUGGAACAAAGUGCAGAAUGUGUCAAGGACUUCGUCCAGGUGUUCGAUUGGCGCGAGGAUCCUACAACCGGGGUUACUUCGUGGUAUCCCUAUCCGAAACUAUGCGGCAGAUCAAUGCCUCAGCCGCUGAACUCAACUUCGAAUCGCAUGAGAGUUUUGUUCCGGUCGAAUGACAAGAUUCAAGGGGACGGAUUUCGUGCAAGGUGGAGUGUCAAUUGCGGUGAAACCACCAUAUUAGUAACGAAGCAAAAGAAGUAUCUCACUUCGCCCGGGUGGCCCAGACCGUACGGAAGAAACCUGUUCUGUAACUAUACGUUUAUAGCACCAGGAGAGAACUUCAUUGUACGGUUUGUCGCAUUCGAACUGCAGCCUGUAGGCCGGAACAAAAACUGUCAGACGGAUAACGUGACUCUAAUAAAGGCCAAUAGGUAUACAAGGGACCCGACUACAUAUUGUGGUUAUGAUCGUCCACCUAUACAAAGAGUCGAUUCACGAUUGGAAAUGCACUUCGCGACGGAUAACUAUAUAGAAAAUACGGGAUUCAAAUUAGAAUAUUACGCUGAUGGAUGCGGAGGUACGAUAACCAGUCCUGCCGACGUAAUAUCACCUGCGAUAGAUUACAGUGGUACUUAUUAUGGAAAUAUUGAUUGUAUUUGGAUCGUGGAAGCCCCACCUGGAAAAACUAUUGUUCUCAGAAUUGAAAGCUUCGAUCUUGAAACCAGUUCUGGGUGCGUGUACGACUACGUAGCUGUGUACUCCACCCGUUCUAUGGAGAAGGAAAGUAGGUUAAUUCUACUAUGUGGUACGUCGAUCGGAAACCCCUCAAUCAGAUCAACUACUGGUAUCAUGAGCAUAAACUUCAUUACGGACCCAUUUGUUCACGGACGUGGCUUCAAAGCAAAGGUUUUAUUCACUACCGGUAUCGCGGAUGGCUGUGGAGGUGAUAUCGAUCUUUCAGGAUCACAAACUUUCCGAACACAAAAUAAUACGAUCUACAAUUCUCUGGAAGAUUGUCACUGGUCUAUUCGAGCGCCGAGCGAUAAUUACAUUAGAUUCACGAUAAAUAGCAUUGAUUUGAAAAAUGCGACAUCUCCAGCGGGCGAAAAUCGGACAGCAAAUGCGUCAUGCUCUGGUGACUAUUUGGAGGUGCGUGAUGGAUGGGGUCCUUUUUCCGAACUAAUUGACACAUACUGUGGAAAUGUUAUUCCACCACCUAUAACGUCGUCGACAAAUAGAAUGUGGAUCAGAUUUGUGACCGAUGGUACACUAAACGGGAAUGGAGUGACAGCAACACUUGAAGCACUCCGUAAUCCUUGCGGUAAUACAAGUCUGUUGAUUCAAAAUUAUACUCAAGUAUUGACAUCACCGAAGUUUCCGGGCGUUUACGAUGCUGGGUUGAGAUGUCGCUGGUUCCUGUCUUACCCAGGUGGGAGGUCAAUCCGUUGGAAGAGUUUGACAAUACACUUCGAGCAAUUUGACUUGGAGAGUUCUCAGAAUUGUAAUAACGAAAAGCUGACCAUCCGCGAUGCAAGUGAUGAUGACUUCAUCAGUGAAGGUUUCGGACAAAAAUUGAUAUUCGGCGGUUUGAGAAGGAACGGAAGACACUGGAUGAGUAGCCGUCUAACGCAGGAAGCUUAUACAUACUGUGGUAGUGAUCUACCAUUCGAUUUUCACAGCCAGGCAAAAGGUGUUGAAAUUACAUUUGAAUCGUCCCAAAAUACGAAAGAAAGGCACACUGGAUUUAAGAUCGAAUACAGUGAGAGUGUGUGCAAUAGAAAUUUCACUCUUCCUCAAGGACGCAUUUUUCACCUAGGUUCCAGCAAUUGUUUCUUCACGAUAACAGCUCCAGUGGGUUUUACGAUUUCACUUUACUUCAACAAGCUUUCCCUGUUGCUCUAUACAAAUUGUUCGAGAGAAGCGGUACAGGUAUAUGAUGGAGGUUUCAGCAAUACCACCUUAGCUCGCGUGUGUGGUUACACCAUACCAAAUCCUAUCUUCAGUUCUGGGAAUAAACUGAGCUUGCAUACUUGGUCUCGUGCUGCGUCAGCCUCACAAAUUUACGAUAUAACGUACACGACGACUGACAAAGGAAGAGGUUGCGGAGGGAAACUUUACAAUACCAAAGGUCGCUUCACAUCCCCGCUGUAUCCGGAACCGUUCCAUAACGUAAGCGAAUGCACUUGGGAAGUGACUGUGCCAACGGGUUUUGUUGUGGAUCUAUUCUUCAAAGUGUUUGACCUUGGACUGAAGGAAACCUGCCUAACUGACGUUUUAGAAAUUUAUAAUGUACAACCUGAUGGGCAAGAAUUAUUCGUGAAAAGUUACUGUGGGGAGGACCGUCCAACUCCGUACCGUUCCUCGAAUUACAAAAUAUUGGUCAAGUAUAAGACAUCGAUGAAUAACGAAGGUACAGGCUGGAUUAUUGAAUUCCAAGCACGUCGUCAUGGUCAGUAA